CCGACCAUGUUUGCUGGGUCAGCUUGGCUUUCGAAAUGAUGAAACUAUAGCGUUCAUAUACUGUAUUCAAAUGUGUUUGAGCGCUCACAUGCGCAAUCCCAAACGCAGGGAAAGAGGGGCAUCAGAAACGCCACCGUUCCUCCUCCCUGCCUCUUCCUCUAUGAGGGAUUUAAAGAUCGACAAGCGGAAGAUUAUUUGCGCUCAGACUUUGUAGAGACGCUCGUCGCUUUAUCACUGCGUAUCCUCUGGCAGGAGUUAUACGAACUUUUCUCUUAUAGACUUACCAAAAUAUUCAAAGUACAGUUACAGCUGCUAUCUAAGAACAUUUAUAGUCACACUUCCGCCUGAAAUCUAAUGCAAUGAUACACAUGUACGUUUUCCUUUUAAAACUGUCUAUCAUAUAUCAGACCCUGGGAGAAUUCACUGAAGGCUCUGCCUCCAGCAACAAUGACAAUAAUGAAGUGCAUGAGGAGGAGACUUACUAUACCCCUGAGUUAGAUUACAAACAUCCACAGUGGUGUCACAUACUUAAACUGUCUCAUGGGGAGGUAUCUUGCUCUUCCCCCCGAGGUGGACGCCACCAUAGCACGCUUGGAACUCGCUGUUCGCUCUCCUGUGAUCGAGGAUUUAAACGGUUAGGACGCUCAUCUGUCCAAUGCUUGCCCAUCCGCCGCUGGUCUGGAACAGCCGUCUGCCGGAGGGUGCGUUGCCACGUUUUGCCUCUGGUUGACCAUGGUACGUACAGUUGUACCCGUGGCUUUGUGGUAGACUCCAGGUGCGACUUCACCUGCUUUGAAGGCUACCAGAUUGAGGGAGAUCAGUAUCGUAUAUGCCAAGAAGAGGGAAAAUGGAGUGGCACAGAACCCACCUGUACAGAUCAUGACCCACCCAAACUGAAAUGUCCUUUGUCCAGAGUGAAGAUAGCAGAACCUGGAAAGCUAACUGUCACAGUGUCCUGGGAGCGCCCUGUUGCUAAGGAUACUGCUGACGGAUCGACGCAGGUCUUGAGAAAUGGAGUAGAAUCUGGAUCAGACUUUCCAGAAGGAAUCCAUGUUAUUCGAUAUAAAGCCUACGACCAGGCGCGCAACACAGCAACCUGCAAGUUUACAGUGCAUGUUGAAGUGAGACGAUGUCCAAAGUUAAAACCUCCUCUGCAUGGCUAUCUGACCUGCUCAUCUGAUGGCAAUAAUUAUGGUGCUAUUUGCGAAUAUCACUGUGAACCUGGAUAUGAGAGGAUGGGGUUUGAGACUCGCGUCUGUCAGCUCAACCGUAGCUGGUCUGAUGAAGCAGCUCAGUGUGUUUCAAUGAACAUAAAAACAGAUGUCAGGUCUGCUGGAGCUCUGCUUGAUCAGUUUUAUGAAAAAAGACGGCUACUGGUUGUGUCUACACCAGAUAAUUCUAACCAACGCUACAAGCUUCAAAACAUUUUGCUGCAGAAGGCUGAGUGUGGUCUGGAUCUGCGACAUGUGACUGUGAUCGAGCUGUUAGGAACUCCUCCUCGAGCAGUGGGUCGCAUCAAAGAAAAACGUCUAGAUUCUGAGGUCGUAGAGGGUCUUAGACAGGCACUUUAUAUCUCUACAGCAUAUUUCACUAUGGUGCUGGUUGACGAAUAUGGUGUGGAUCGGGAGCGCUUUGUUAACCCCACCACCCCAGAUGAGCUGUUUACAUACACAGAGGAGUAUCUCCUUACAGAAGAGGAACGGGAGAGACUUGAGAUGAACAGAGACUUCUGUGACUAAUUUAUAUCAGAUCAACCCCAGAUCAUUUCCCGCUUCUCAGGCAUGGGGAUCUGGUGGGUGGGUUUUCCUCAAUGUGAUAGUAACUUCCGCUUAUAGGGGCAAAAGACAUCUCAACUGUAAUAUGCUUUUAAAACUACACUAUAGAGCUGUAGUGUAUGCAGAAUGUGAAUUAGUCUGGUUUUAAUCUGCAGGCGGAUGGCAAAUAUUUAAAUAAAUAUAAUUCUAAAUCAAUCAUUCUCAAACAUCUGUGAUCCAGUAACAGCACACAGUAUGGAUUGUUUAAAAUAUUGAAUAUUUAUUGUAUAAUGGUAAUUUUGUGUAGCUCAAACAAGAGUGUGCUCACAAUGGUAAACUAUACAGCAUAAUGACAAAAUUUACUUUAAAAUGAAAAUCAAGUUGUUAUAUGGACAUAUAAGUGCUCAUUUAUAGGUAGUGUUAUUUUAAUUAAAGCAUUUACUGUGGACAUACAUUUGAAAUUAUAUUGUGUUUAAAAAAAUCCAUUUAGCUACAACAGUUAAAAGAAAUAAAUACAAUGAAUAAAUGCAUACUGCCAUUUUCCAUUUCA